AUGAGUGGUGUGGAGAUCGCUGGCUUGGUAUUGGGGGCUUUGCCGCUAUUGAUUCAGGGAAUUGAAAGCUACAAUGAGGGACUCGACCCGAUCAAGAGCUUCGUCAGAUGGGAGCGCGAGCUGCCGCAAUUCAUUCGAAAACUCAGGAACCAACACGUCCACUACGCGCAAACGAUACACCUGCUCUUCGAACCUAUAACGUCGGCAGAUGAGCUCGAAGAGAUGUUGACGGACCCUGGGUCAAAACAACUAUGGAAGAGUAAAGAAGUCUUGCUCCAAGACAAGCUUCAGGAAUCAUAUCAGGCAUAUCAGAGUACGAUUGUGAAUAUUGAGCGCAUAACGAAGAGGAUCGCGAGCAAACUGGACCUUGAUCGCGCAACGGAGCUCACGCGCAACGACCUUGAGGCCAUCAUCGUCGCGAAUCCAAAGAAGAAUGACAGGUUUGAGUUGCGGAAGCGCAUUCGCUUUGGCAUGAACAAAAAGACGAUCAAAGCACUCCUUGAAGAGUUGGAUGAUUGUAAUAAAGAGCUCGAGCGAUUUACCGAUAAGAGUGACAAGAUCGAAACAUACAGGAAGUCAGUCAAACCUUCGUAUGCAAAACGACUACAACGCUUGCAAGGGUACGCUAAGACUCUGCACGACUCGGUCACAUUGUGCUGGUCCUUCAAUGUAUCCUUUUCGACUGUACCUGCUGAGAAAGAUGGCGCGGCUUGGAUCUUUCAAACCGCCGAGAUACAUGUGGAGGACGAUGAAGAAGAAGGCCUUAGCCCUGUGCCCUCGCCGAAGCCAAAAAUGACCAAGAGCGUCAGCUUUGGCACGCCACCUCCGUACUCGGUACUAGAUCCUACGGCCAACCUCAAGCCAUCGCUUCAGGAGGUCAAGGAUCUGUGUGCAUCAAUACAGCAGCUACAUAAGAGGACUCCAACGUUGGGCUUCUCGCUCGACAGCAAAAGUAAGCUACGAGGUACUUAUUCCAUCGACACUAUAGAUGUGUACGAACGUUCUUCCGAAACAGUGACCCUUGAAGACCUCUUAGACCAUCCUCCUUUUAUCAAUGGGAGACGCUCAAGACUCAGCCAAAAAGAUAGAUAUAGCUUAGCCUUGACAUUAGCAUCAAGCGUGCUUUAUCUUAACUCGACGCCCUGGCUUAUGGACCAGUGGGCGACAAAAGACAUCGUCUUCCACAGAACGACAACUACCGCUCGCCCAAUCGAUACUGAGCGUCCGUAUGUGGCUCCAGCACUGACCGAGUUCUCAAAGGUUUUACCAGAUGGCCAGAAACGGCGAAGCUUCCACAACAAGAACACUGUCCUGCUCGCUUUAGCAAUAGCGCUCCUUGAGCUCUACUUUGGGACGACGGCUGAGAAAUAUCAAGAGUCAGAGCAUGGAGCUGUCGAUCCGGCAUUCCAUCAAAACUCAUGGAUGCUAUGCUCAUUCGCACAUCGAUGGGCUGAAGAUUCUCAAGAGGAUCUCUCUGCAGCCUUUCUGAGCGCCGUCAGGCAUUGCUUGCGAUGCUUUGGCGAUCCUGGUGCGAGUUUACAGGACGCAGAAUUCCUUCAGGCAGCGGUUGAAGGCAUUGUGUUGCCAUUGCAGGAGGAGUUGAACCAAUUUCUGGGCAAGGCAGCGACGUGA